ACAGAGCACGGGCCGCGUCGCCCGGGUGUCUGUGUACACUAGCGGACAACCAGCUUGGUGAUUUUCAGCACUAUGCCCCAGAAUUCACUGGUAAUUAUUCGGUAUGGUCCUUACGAGUCGUGUGGUGUUGUUGACUACAGGACGUUUCGUCUGGACGGCCUCCGAGCGGCUCUGAAAGCCUGUGGUUACUCUCCUGUCCUGGAGAAAACACCAGAAUGGAACCAAGUGGAGCUUGUGGUUAAUGGAGAAAUCGUGUAUAAAUGCAGCAUUAAAGAUCUGGAAUUCGGUGGUGAUGGAAAACUUGAUCCACGGUGUCAAGAGGCUACACAAGCAGUAAAGAGUGCAUACCAACAACAAAUGUGACUGUGGAUAAAACCACACACACAGCCCAUUGUUUGUGAUACUGACUUUAUUACUUUAUUGCUAAAUAGCCUAUUGCAUAGAAGUAGUCAAGCCUGCAUUCUGUCAUUUGUGUGUGAAUGAAUGGUCUGCAAGAUGUUUACCUAAACUACCAGUAUGUAACAAAUUAACUCUCUAUCUUUUAACUAUAAAGAUAUAUAUAUAUAUAUGUCUGAAUUUACACACACUAGACUAACUAAACAUCUAUAAUGAUAUAUUAUUCAUUUUAAUAUAGAAACUACAGAAUAUUUGUAUUAUUGCUUUAAUACACUCAUGGUGAUGUAUAGUUUACUUCACCAGUGCUUAGAUUUUAUUCAAGUGCCCAGGAUGCAAGUGUAAUGACUUCUUUGGGAUAUGAAAGUGUUUUGUUUAAGGUAGUUUUUUGUUGAUAAAUCUUAACAAAAUACAAUCUAGUGUAAUAUAUGAUUUCGUAAUGCAUAUUUCACACUUUCUUGUAUGUUCCUGCUGUUGAACCUUCUAAAAAAAGAAAAAGUGUGUUUUGGUGGCAAAAAAAAAAAUAGAAUAAUGCACAGCCACAGAGAAUAUUGCUACUUGUCGCUAUGCCAUCUGUUUGAUGUCUCAGAAUGAAGCCAGGUGUGACAGUAAGUAGAGAGAGAGAUAAGGGAAUAAGGAUAUGGCUUAGUCAGAAAGUGUUCAUACUCCAUAAAAAAACAACUGUGUG